ACCGCGUUCAUCUUCUUAGACAUAUGGUUUCUCCAUUUGAUGCAAUGGUCAGAAAUCUAAUUUGACCAUGGCGUCGACCUGCGCGAUAUAGGCUGCUUCCAGUGACUUCCUCGGUUUCUCCGCCUGGCCCCUCCCACCGUCUUCAAUUCCACUGCAUAUGCUCUAUGCUAGAAAUCCACCGAAAGGCGGAUUCCACUGAGGAACGAUAUUUUCACGGUAAAUCCAUGGAAUCGGUAAGCGGAAGCGGUCUGUAUCUCUUGUAUAUCUUGAUGGUCCGUACUUUCGACAGCAGAGGGAGAUUCUUGUAUUGUUGCGCACACUGAUUAAUAGGUGCGUUGUAUUUUCGUCAUGGCUGUCCACUUUCGCUUUUUCCACUACGUCAGAAAAGAUCUCCGCCGACAUGAAUGUCACUGAUUGUCAUGUUUCUAUCCCGCAGAUCCCCGUUCUCACAGAUGCAGGUAGGAACAGGCCGCAAGAGUAAACGAAUACGAACCGUCGGCGCCGAUAGAAAUUAUUUGGGAAUGGGCCAGUCUGUCGGUGCUAUCUCUAACUCGGCUUCUCCCUCAGAAGGAGCGAAGUUCUGGGCGGAGAUGCCGGUGCUCCCUCUUGCGGUGGUGGAGGAGGUGCUGUUGAACGUCCCGCCGGAGGAGGUGGUGUGCGUCUGCCGGCUGGUGUGUCGCGAGUGGCAGGAGCUGGUGGACAGCGCCCCCUUGUGGAAGGAGAAGUGCAGGCGGGCGAGGUUUCUGCCCCACGACGUCACCAGGCCGCCCGCGGACUGGCGGAUGUUUUAUUUCAUGAGCAAGAAGAGACACAACCUGCUGAAGAACCCCAGCGCUGAGGAGCAAUUCAACGGAUGGCAGAUUGUGAGGAACGGGGGAGACAGGUGGAGUAUCCAGGAGGUGGGCGAGAACCCUCUCCCCGAUGAGAUGGUCAAAAAGUUCUUUGUUACCUCCUACCAUGAGUGUAAGAAGCUCCAGCUCAUUAACCUGGAACGGGAGGGGUACAAGCCGGCCCUCCUGGACCGAUAUCAGCCUGAAAUUCAUAUAUCCGACUGGUAUGCACCACGCUGGGACUGUGGGUGCAUGUAUGAGAUCUGUGUGGAGCUGCUGAACCAGAAGAAGCAGGUCAUGCAGACCUUUGCUCCAGAACCCGUGUACUUUCAGCAGUGGAAUGAACAGCAGUGGCACCAGAUGACCCACGUGUUCCGGGACUACGGGCCUGGCGCGCGCUUCGUCCGGUUCUGUCACGGCGGGAACGACACCAAGUUCUGGGCCGGCUGGUACGGGAUCCGUGUGACCAACAGCAGUGUGGAGGUCCUCCCCGCGGGCCACGCCCGCUCCACGUCCCCUCGGGAGACACGACCUCGGGAAAUGUCUCCCCAGAAAAGAUGAGGUGCCUUGAUCUCGGGAGCCUUCUCUCUCUCCACGGAUACUUCCUGCUUAGGGACGCCGGUCGAGCUUAAACCUUCUCCUCUCCUGGGUGUCCGACCGGACGGGUGAGUGCGGACUCUACAGUGGUGUGCACUUUAUACGGACGACCGCUGCGCUUCAAAGGACUUCGAUGAGAUGCCACUGCUGAUGAAAAAAAUUUGUACUGUAAUAUACUGACAUUAUAAUCGUACUGUCGACAUAAAUGUCUUUUAGAAAAGACAUUCUCUGACCGUGUUACACCUGUGAAGACAGGGUGACAAUAACUGACUGAGCUUUUCAGGAGAAAUUAAACAUGUAUAAUACUGAUUACA